CUUGGGGUGGGGCCUGAAUAGUCUUUGAAACGGUGGCGCCGGCUGCGGGAAGAUGGCUGCUCGGCCGCGGAGGCAUAUUUCUCGGAUUGCAGAGCAGCCACGGGGUGACUUCUGUGAUGGGACUAAGAAAGCGAUUAAUGAACCUUCUUUUGCGACUUCCAUGGAGUGGGACACGCAGGUGGUGAAAGGGUCUUCGUCGGUCGGCCCCGCAGGGCUGGGGUUGGAGGAGCUGCCGUUCCGCCCGCGGCUGCCGCGAUGGCUGCAGCCCGAGAGGUGCGCGGUGUUCCAGUGCGCGCAGUGCCACGCCGUGCUCGCUGACUCUGUGCAUCUCGCCUGGGACCUCUCGCGGUCCCUCGGGGCCGUGGUCUUCUCCAGAGUCACAAAUAAUGUAGUUUUGGAGCCUCAGUUCCAAGUUGGCGUUGAAGGUUCGCUCAAAGGCAGCACUUACAACCUUUUAUUAUGUAGUUCCUGUGAGAUUCCCAUUGGUUUCCACCUAUAUUCUACCCAUACUGCCCUGGCUGCCUUGAGAGGCCACUUCUGCCUUUCCAGUGACAAAAUCGUGUGCUACCUCUUAAAAACGAAAGCCAUAGUAAAUGCAUCUGAGAUGGAUCUCCACAUUGUCCCUCUACCAGAAAAGGUUGCAGAGCUGAAAGAGAAGAUAAUCUUAACACAUACUCGCUUAAAUUCACUCAUGAAAAUUCUGAAGAAAGUGCCUCCUGACCAGUCCAAGCAAACAAAGUAAUUCAGAAUCAGAGGUUGAGUAUCAGAAGCAGGCCUUCUUGCUGUCUUCAACAAUAGGUGCUGUUUGAUCACUUCUCAAUAAACAUCGACUUCAAGAAUGGAUAGGAAAUGUGAUUUAUUAUGUUUACCUCUAGACUGAUUUUCCAAGUGAUUUGUGAAGAUGUUUCUAGAAGAUGAGAAACAGGAGACUUCUGUCCAGGUUUCAUAGCUAUUUGUCUUAAUUUAUUUUGGCUUCUUAUCAAUUUCAUAAUAUUUAUUUUUGAAAACAUUCUGAUGGCAAAUUUAAGAAUUAAGAGCCAAUGUCCCAUGAAUGCUGUGAUCUAAAGAUGUAUGAGUGGCCUGAAAAUAGAGUUGUACUUCUGCUAAUUAACUGUUAUUCCUACAUGGAGCAAUUGUCAUAUGAAUACUGAGAAAUCAUUUCUUUCUUACAUGAGAUACAGGUACAUAUAUAUUCUGUAGGUAAUGUUCAACAAGUUAACUCCAUAAUAUAUAUUUAUCUUUACCUUUUCAGUUGUAAACUGAAAAGAAUAGUAAUAGGAUAGUAAUGAAAAGAAUGAUAAAAACACCAAAUACUCACCAAAUGCUGUUUUCUCAUUAUUUUGCUUUAUGUAGCACUGUGGUUCAAUAGCUUCUCAUAUUAUUCAUUUAAUAAAUAGCUAUAAAAUAUUAUGCUAGCUGCUAGAAAUAAGCGAAAACCACUCUUCUGUAUCUUUGGAGUUAGAGAUGGACAUUCGAAUAACCACAUGAAGGCAUUUAAAGUUACAACUGUAGUAAGGGUUUUGAAGAAAAGGGACAUAGAAAAAUAAACAUAUAGCAGGUACCUGACCUGGUUCCGGGGUCAGGGAAGGUCUUUCUGUUGAAGUGUUUCAGCAGUGGUCUGAAAGAUUCAGUUCAGGUCAGUUGCUCAGUUGUGUCUGACUCUGAGACCCCAUGAAUUGCACCAUGCCAGGCCUCCCUGUCCAUCAU